CUCUUGGCUCCUCCUUAAUUCCUCUCAUUCUUGCUGUAACACGGUUUCAUUUGGGACUGUUGCUUCAAAUGGACAGAAGUCACAUUCAUAGACAGACCAGUAAGACAGAUACCUGCAGAACCUCAGAUGCAUAAUGAAGGACAGCUUUGAGCCGACAGUGAAAUUAAAGCUGGUGAAUGUCGGCUCCAUGGCACAACCCCAGGCCAAACCACAGCAGAGAGAACAGUGGGCCAGUAAGCUAGAGUUUUUUCUGGCUGUUGCAGGACAUAUCAUUGGUCUGGGAAAUGUGUGGCGGUUUCCUUAUCUGUGCUACAAAAACGGAGGGGGAGCCUUCUUUGUGCCAUACAUACUGUUCCUAUUUUCCUGUGGUAUACCUCUCUUCUUCUUGGAGACAUCAUUGGGCCAGUACACUAGCCAAGGUGGCAUCACAUGCUGGAGGAAAAUUUGCCCUCUUUUUGAAGGACUGGGAUAUGGUAGCCAGAUUGUGAUCCUGUACACUGGAGUUUAUUACAUCAUUAUUCUGGCCUGGGCAUUUCUCUACCUGUUUUUUUCAUUCAGUUCAGAGCUCCCAUGGGCAAACUGCAAGAAUAGCUGGAAUACAGAGUACUGUACGGAGUUAAUCAAGAACAACAAUACUGAUAAUAUUCCAGACAAAAUGACAUCACCAGUUGUGGAAUUUUGGGAGAAGAGGAUUCUGGGUUUGUCUAGUGGUAUCGAAGAAAUUGGUAAUGUGAGGUGGGAACUGGCUCUGUGUCUCUUGCUUGCCUGGACCAUCUGCUACUUCUGUGUGUUUAAUGGUGUGAAGUCUACAGGCAAGGUGGUUUAUUUCACUGCUACCUUUCCUUACUUGAUGUUGAUGGUGCUGCUUGUGCGUGGACUGACACUACCCGGAGCAAUUAGUGGUAUCAAAUUUUAUCUCUACCCAGAUCCUACUCGCCUCACAGACCCUCAGGUGUGGAUGGAUGCAGGAAGCCAGAUAUUUUACUCCUAUGGAGUUUGCACAGGAACUCUGACAGCUUUAGGAAGCUAUAAUAAAUAUGAUAAUAACUGUUACAGAGACUGCCUAUACUUGUGCUUGCUAAACAGCAUGACCAGCUUUGUGGCUGGAUUUGCCAUUUUCUCUGUACUGGGCUUUAUGGCAGAUGAACAGGGAAUGGACAUUUCAAUGGUGGCAGAGUCAGGUCCUGGGCUGGCAUUUAUUGCUUACCCACGUGCGGUGGCAUUAAUGCCUCUCCCUCAGUUAUGGGCAGUUUUCUUCUUCAUUAUGAUCCUUUUCCUUGGACUAGAUAGUGAAUUUGUUUAUCAUGAAGCCUUGGUAACAGCGAUCUCAGAUAUGUACCCUUCAUUCUUCCAAAAUGGACACCGGCGUAAAAUCCUCCUUCUCCUAAUCUGCAUAGUCAGCUUCCUUGUUGGUCUGCUCAUGGUAACAGAGGGUGGGCUGUAUGUCUUCCAGUUAUUUGAUUAUUAUGCUUGCAGUGGAAUGACUUUGCUGGCCUUCGCCAUUCUUCAGUCCAUCUGUAUUGGAUGGGUUUAUGGUGCAGACCGUCUGUAUGACAACAUUGAAGAUAUGAUUGGCUAUCGUCCCUGGCCCCAUAUGAAACUCUGCUGGAAAUAUUUGACCCCUAUUAUUUGCAUAGGGACAUUUGUUUUCUCCUUGGUUAAGUACACUCCACUGAAGUUGAAUAACUUAUAUGAGUACCCCUGGUGGGGUUAUGCUCUCGGGGGCUUCUUUACACUCUCCUCUACCAUGUUGGUCCCUUUGUGGAUGGUGUAUGCAUUUUACAAGACCUCUGGCUCCAUAAUUCAGAGAAUGAAAACCCUGUGUACGCCUGCUGAAGAUCUGCCUAAUCCUAAAGCACCCAAAGGUGUCCUUGCUUCUUCCACUUUUGAGACCUUCACAGAUUUUCAGACUUUACGCCAAAACUCUGAAGUGAAUGUAUGACCUUUCUGCAUUAUAAACACACACACACACACACACACACACACACACACACACACACACACACACACACACACACACACACACACACACACACACACACACACACACACUGCACCAGGCUGCCUAUCACACAUCAUGGUUCUUAUCAUUAUUGUUAAUUUUAGGAUAUAUUAAUUUACAUUUAAACUGUUUCUUUUGUACACUGUUACUAAUAUAUUGGUAUACAGUAAAUGAUACUUUAUGUUAAACCAAUACUGACAUAACACAAAGCUUUGUGUGAACCAUAAUUAAUCUUUUUGCUUAGUAUUUAUGAUUGUUAAGAUUUAGGUAAUGAUUGUAUGUGAUCGGCUGGAUUUAUGUGAAUGAUUGUGUUGCACAAGGAUAGUAUUAGAUUUAUGUUUUACUCAUGAUUGUAUUUUUAUGAGAAUGUCUACAUUUAUUGUAUAUAGACAUGCUACAUAGCACCGGAAAUCAAGCUUGCACUGCAAAAAAAAGCUGAGGAGGUUGGGGUCAGAGCACACCUGCAGCCCCUAGGGCAGAGAGGGUUAAAGGCCUUUUUCAAUUGCCCAAAACUAGCGGUUUAGCAGUGCUUGGGCUUGAACCCUGAUUUUCCGAUCAACACCCAAGACCCUUAACCACUUGAGCUACCUCUGUAUAGAUGCAUUGUGCACAGUUUGACUGUAUUCAAGAUAUAUUAACUUGCUAAGAUGUCAUAUUUUUUUUUGCAAUGUAUUUAUCUAUAAAAUUGUUUAAAAACUUGCUUCAAGAUCUUUCAGGUUUACAAAUGCUACGUCUACACCCGAUACUCAUACAUUAUUAGAAAGUUUAGAAACACUCACUCACUCACUCAUUUUCUACUGCUUAUCUGAACUACCUCGGGUCACGAGGAGCCUG